AACGAACACUCGCUGCCUGUGUCGUGAGUAGUCGCACGACGCGCCUCGGGGCACACGAACCGCACUAUUUUUUCUCGAGAAUGACGAUAUAGACAUUGUACUGAAAAUUGGACGGAGCGACGCGGGCGUCGGCAAUAUCGAGUUUCUCUGAUUAUCCACAAGAGUCGCGACACGUCACAAGUGCACGGCGACGACAGCGCAGAUCAUCGGCGCUGGCCGGUCCGGUGCAGAGGGUAUGUUUGUUAUCGGCGGGACUGUGGGACUGAGAUUUCUCCGAUAUCUAGCGUGUAUACCAAAGCCGAAAAUGACUUCAUCGCGCACUUCUUUUCGUGGAGCCAAGGGACGUGGGAGGGAUGGUUUUGCGCCCACGCUCUGACGUGCGGGUGCUUAUCUGUCUGCUCUCCGCGAUAUGGGCAAGAAACGCGUUCUGUGCAGCUACGGGGUGGACGUGGACGCGGUGGCCGGAUGGCUCGGCUCCUACGGCGGCGAGGACUCGACGAGCGACAUCAGCCGAGGUGCGCAGACGGUGGACCGCGCGCCGACCCAACCAAUCUCCGCGCAGGCAUCUUCGCAGGCACAGUGGGGACGCGGCGCCUGCUGGCGCUGUUCGCCCAGUACAACAUCAAAGCGACGUGGUUCAUCCCGGGGCACUCGCUCGAGUCGUUCCCGGAGGAGUCCGCGCUCGUGCGCGACGCGGGGCACGAGCUCGGGCUGCACGGCUACUCGCACGAGAACCCGAAGGACAUGACGCCCGCGCAGCAGCGCGCGGUGCUGGACAAGACGUUCCGGCUGCUCACGGCGUUCUGCGGCGGGAAGCCGCCGCGCGGGAGCGUCGCGCCGUGGUGGGAGACGAGCCGCGAGGGCGCGGAGCUGCUGCUGGGGUACGGGAUCGAGUACGACCACUCGAUGAGCCAUCACGACUGCCAGAUGUACUGGCUGCGCACCGGCGACGAGUGGACCAAGAUCGACUAUGCGCAGGAGGCCGCGGCGUGGAUGAAGCCGCUCGUGCCGGGCCCGCCGACGGGGAUCGUGGAGAUCCCCGCGAGCUGGUACAUCGACGACCUCCCGCCGAUGAUGUUCAUCAAGUCCGCGCCGAACAGCCACGGAUGGGUCAAUCCGCGUGACGUCGAGGCGAUCUGGAUGGAUCAUUUCGACUACUUUUACCGCGAGUACGACGAGUUCGUCUUCCCGAUGACGAUCCACCCGGAUGUCUCGGGCCAUCCGCACGCGCUGCUCAUGCAGGAGCGGAUCAUCGAACACAUCAACUCACAUGAGGGCGUGGAGUGGGUCACGAUGGCCGAGAUGUGCGACGACUUCAAGCGCAAGAACGCAGCCCCCGAAGGCGCACUGAUGCCUGCUGACUCAGUCGACGUCUUGAAGAGGCUCGGAAUGUGAAUAUCCUGUCGUUCCAUAAAUAUAUACAUGUUGUUACAAAUAUAGCAGUGUCUUUUGAAAUCCUUGCGUCUUCCCAGGCUAAUAAUACCCAGGCAGUGGUUCAACUUCUCUCCAGCCCAGAACCCGCCCACCCGCAUCCACCACCGGCACAAAGCCAGCCCGGACCGGCACCGGCACCGGGGCAUAGUGCGAGUGCGACGACGGCCAUCCCGCAACACAGUAGCCACCGGCAUACUCCGCCGGCACAUUCACCCGCUGCACACGCGGCAGCGGCGUCUCGCGGUACCGAGUGCUGGAGACCGGGUGCGCGCGGUCCCGGCGGCGCUCGUCCCCCUGCGACUGCGUUUGCG